AUGAUGCAUCUCUUCUUCCUCGCUGCGAUUCUUUCCAUAGGCUUGUCCGUGUCGGCGGCGCCUGCGAAGAGAGCAUCUGUAUGCAAUGGACAUGCAGAGCUUUGCAACAGAGGUUAUGGAAAUGUCACGUUCUUGAGCUCGCACGAUUCAUAUGCAAUCAGCACGGACAUUUUAGCUCUUGCUAGAGUUCAAGAAGUAGAUCUUGCCGCACAAUUAGAUCUUGGUGUUCGUAUGUUACAAGCUGAGUCUCAUAUGGAUGGCGAUGAGUUUAAGUUUUGCCAUACGAGUUGCGCUCUGUUCGAUGGUGGCCUCGUCGUCGACUACCUGAAGAUCGUCAAGAAUUGGUUGGAUGACAAUCCUAAUGAAGUCCUGACCUUCCUCUUCACCAAUCCCGAGGGUCUGUCACUGACCGAUGUGUGGAAACCUGCAUUCGAUGAAGCGGACAUAACCGACUUGGCCUAUGUGCCUCCCACGAAUCCCAUGGCGCGUGAUGAUUGGCCUACAUUAGGCGAAUUCAUUGAUAGUGGCAAACGUGUCAUCGUCUUCUUGGAUUAUGGCGACGAUGGUAGCGUAGAUUUCAUCCUCUCAGAGUUCACGAUGCUCUGGGAACCGCCUUUUGAUUCGACCGAUAGUAGCUUUCCAUGCAGUGUCAACAGGAUUUCCGGCCCUCUGUCGACGGAAGACCACCUAAACAUGCUUAACCACAACUUGGACAUCAACAUAAUUCCUAUAGGCGAUGGUGUUCUCAUUCCCGAUUUUGCGGCUGCAUCGAAGACCAAUAGUAUCAGCUCUAUUCUUGCCAAUGCCUAUGGCUGUUCAGGCUUGGCCGGCGGUGUUUCUCCCAACUUUGUCAUGCUUGACUUUGUCGACAUCGGACAAGGAUUAGCCGCGGUCAACUUGCUUAAUGGCUUUUGA